AUCACAUGAUUUCUAUCUUCACUCUGUGACGCUGUGUCGGACGGUCUUUGCUUCAGGUCCAAACAAUAUUUUGGAUUCAGAAAUCAGCGAGGAGACAAACGUUACUGAGACAAACGUUACUGAGACAAACGUUACUGAGACAAACCUGCAGCAGUAAAAAUGGAAGCGAAGAAGAGGAAGAGGAAGACGUCAGUCAGUUCACCGAUACGUGAAGCUGAGUCCUCGGGUUUCAGCUGUCUCUCCAUGAAGAGUGAUAGAUCCAAGUUCUUGCCACCCAGCUUUGCUAAAGAAAAGACACAGAGCCAGCAGCCCGGGCCAUCCAGUUGUUCAGUGUGUGAGGAAGUUUUGGAGGAUCCAGUCCAUUUACCCUGUGGACACCGGUCAUGUAAACAGUGUGUCAGCUCAGACAACAACUGCAAGAAGUGUGGAAAGAAAUUCAGAAGAGAUCCUGAAUACCAGAGAGAUGCUGAGGAAGACACUGGGAUCAACUCAACUAAGAAGAAUCUUAAAGAAGCAAUGCAAAAGAAAUUUGCUUUCAUAUCUGAAGGCAAUGGUGACCAAGGGAGUCUCCUGAACAGCAUCUACACAGACCUCUACAUGACCACAGGAGAGAGUGCAGUUCCACAUGAAGAACAUGGCUUUAGACAUGUCAAACAUGAAUUCUCUGAAAAAUCAGUCAACCUCAGUGACAUCUUCAAACCUUUGCCUGGCCGAGAGAAACAUAGAACAGUCGUGACGAAGGGCGUCGCAGGCAUUGGGAAAUCAUUCGCUGUGCAGAAAUUCAUUCUUGACUGGGUCGAGGGGAGAGCAAACCAGGACAUUGAUUUCAUUUUCAGCCUUGCUUUCCGAGAGGUGAAUUUGAUUACAGAUGACAAAAGCUUGAUUGACCUCCUGACUGAAUUCCAUCCUGCACUUCAGAGUUUUAAAGAUUCAGGUGAUUUUGUCAGGGCCAGAGUCACGGUGAUCCUGGACGGACUGGAUGAAAGCCGACUUCAGCUGGAUUUUAAGAACAAGCCAGUAACUUCUGUUAGUGAAGUAACGUCUGUCGGCAAUCUCCUUACGAACCUCAUCCAGGGUAACCUUCUCCCGCAAGCAAAACUCUGGAUAACAUCCCGUCCAGCAGCAGCUGAUCAGAUCCCCGGACGAUAUGUCGACGUUGUAACAGAGAUAAGAGGGUUCAGUGACCCACAAAAAGAGGAGUACUUCAAAAGGAGAUUUAGUCAUGACCCAGGCCUCGGUGAAAGGAUAAUUUCCCACAUUCGCUCUUCACAGAGUCUUGACAUCAUGUGCCAGAUCCCGAUCUUCUGCUGGAUUUCUGCCAUAUUGUUUCAGGAGGUUUUUGGGGGAGACGAGAAAGCGGAAGUCCCUCAAACUCUGACUGAGAUGAUGGCGCAUUUCCUGUCUGUCCAGACAAAACGAGGAAACAGAAAAUAUGAGAAGAAGACAGAGAAGAGCAAAGAGAAAUUUCUGGCGACACACCGAGAUUUUCUUCUGAAACUCGGACAGCUCGCAUUUGUUCAGCUGCUCAAGAACAACCUCAUCUUCUACGAUGAAGACUUCAAAGACUGUGGCAUUGACAUCAAAGAAGCAAACAUCUGCUCUGGAUUUUGCACCACAGUUCUCCGAGAAGAAGAUAUAUUUUCCCAGAAAAAGGUCUUCUUCUUUGUGCACCUGACCGUACAAGAGUUCUUUGCAGCUCUUUUUGUCUAUGACUGUUUCACAAACAAGAAUACAAAAGAGCUCGACAAGUUCCUCGAUCUGGAAGACAAAGAACAUACUUUACUUGAUCUUCUGAAGAUGACAGUUGAGAAAGUGCUGGAGGAGAACAAUGGCCACCUGGACUUCUUCUUGCGAUUCCUCCUUGGCCUUAUGGUUGAGUCCAACCGAAGAGUCCUUCAGGGUCUGCUGAUAUCACCAGACCCGAGCCAAGAUACCGACAAGAAAAUCUUGACUCACCUCAAAGCCCUACGAAGGAAGACUCUCUCUCCUGACAGUAGUAUCAACCUCUUCCAGACCAUGGUCGAGAUGAGAGAUCACAAAGUCAAAGAUGAGAUUCAGGAAUAUCUCAAAUUGUCAGAUCGUUCAAAAACAGAGCUGACUCCCCUCCACUGCUCUGCGGCGGCUUACAUGCUGCAGGUAUCGAAGAAUGAUCUGGAUGUGUUGGACCUAAAGAGUUACAACACAUCAGAUGAAGGCAGAAGGAGGCUGAUACCAGCUGUGAGGAGCAGCAGAAAGGCCAUCCUGGCAGACUGCAAAGUCACUGAAGAGUGGGUCCAGCACUUGGUCUUUGCGCUCAAGUUCCCCUACUCUCCCCUAAGAGACCUGGAUCUCAGCACCAAUGACCUGAAAGAUUCAGGAGUAAAACUGCUCUGUGAUGGACUGUCGAGUCAAUGCUGCAGACUGAAGACACUGAGGUUGUCGGGUUGUCAGGUCACAGAUGAGGGCUGUUCUUAUCUGGCCUCGGCUCUUCGCUCCAACCCAUCUCAUCUGAUAGAGCUGGACCUGAGCUACAACAAUCCAGGAGAAUCGGGAAAGAAAAUCCUCACAGAGCUGAAGGACGAUCCACAAAUCAGCCUCAGUGAACUCAAUUUUGACCAUGGUGGAAUUCACAGGAUGAAACCAGGAUUCAAGAAAUAUGCCUGUGAGCUCACCCUGGACCCCAACACGGCACACAAGAACCUUCUUCUCUCUGAAGACAACAGAAAGGUGACCUGGAUGGAGGAAGCAAUGUCAUAUCCCGAUCACAAAGACAGGUUCGAUCAUUGCCAACAGGUGCUGUGUGAACAGGGUCUAGAUAAGCGCAGUUACUGGGAGAUGGAGGUGUUCGAACCCUUCAUUAUUGGGGUAACAUACAAAACCAUUGACAGGAAAGGGGACUCUGAUAAUUGCAAGCUGGGAAACAACAGCAAGUCUUGGAGUUUCGGUUGCACUAAUGAUGGUUGUUAUGUUAGGCACAACAACAAGAGUACCGGUGUAUCUUCCCUUUGUUCGCGCUCCAGUCGGGUGGGAGUGUAUCUGGACAGGCCGGCUGGCAUUCUGUCCUUCUACAGAGUUUCCUCUGACAGUCGGACGCGCCUCUAUACCUUCAGAGAUCUCAGAGAUCUCAGAGAUCUCGGAGAGUUCACUGAGCCCGUCUAUCCUGCUGUGGAACUUCACAGUGCUUCCUCUGUGCUGUUUUGUCAGCCAACAUAAAGAAACUUUCACUGCAUUCACACGAGUGUAGAUUUGCUUGUGGAUGGUCAGAAAUGAUCAAGGGACUGCUGACUUAUUACAAACUUGGGGUAUUCUUUCUAAAAUCGAUUAGUUUAUAGAUUCAGUGGUUUUAAAAUGGGUAUGUAUUGUCAUGUGUUCAUAACUGAAGUCAGAGGACAGGGCCGUCUAAUCCACUAAUACAGUAAACAUAUUUCCUAUUUGUGAACCAAUAUACCUUAUACUGUAGAUGUAUUGGGUAUGUAGGGACAUAGAGCAGUCUCACAUUAAAAGUCUGAAUUCAGUCAUAUUUCUACAGUCGUGAGCUUCUGGUAUCAUUACUAUGUCAGAGUCUUGGACUUGUUUAGAUUUGAGCAAAUAUCUUUUAAAUGUACAGGUUGGAUAUAGGUAAGGUUUUGUAAAUGUUUCUAUGUGUUAAGUACCACAUUGAAUUUUUAGAUCGCUCUAGCUGCUACUUCUCAAAGAGAAAACAUGGAGCCUAAUUUGCAAGGCACGUACAUAAAUACACACAAUGUAGCUUGAACAUAUCUACCAGAAUAAACCUGAAUCAGAAAUGGCUUGCUACAUGUCCCAAAACACGGGACUUGAACACAGUUUUUUCAUACAAAGACACAAUGUUGGUGUCUUUCAAGCCGGAUCACAAUUAUUCCGUGACCUAAAACCUUAAAGGUAUUUUUUUGUGCCAAAACCCAACCGAACCCAACAGAUCAUGAAACGAUGAUAUGAAUUAGUUUUGUUACAUUUUUGUUUUGUCCUUCUAAAAGCGGCAUGAGAUCAGAUGACAUCAGUUCAUUUUUUUAAGGCAAUGAUAAACAACACAGUUAUAUUUAGUUUGAGGAGUUGCCACAUGUAUGUACAUCUGUAUAAAUAGCUGACUGUCCUAUAUCAUUUUCAACAGUGUAAUUCUGUUCAUAACACAUCUCAGUUUAAAUAUAAGUGAUGAUCAGAGCUGAUAUGUAUCGGCAGCUUUAAUUACAACUUUAUCAAUAUUAGUGUCUGUGUCUGUUGAGCUGUGUUACAGUAGCUUUGACUUUGUUCAGCAGCAUCAUGUAUUGUGUUUAAAUUGUGUUCAUUGAAGUUGUCUAUAGUCACACUAGCAGCAUGACUCCAGAGAAGCCAAUGUCGGUCCACCAUUUGGAACCAAAGUGAAAUAUCUCAACACGUAAUUGUAGAAAUUUAAAGUAACUGUCAGCGUGGUAAGUCAGGAUUGCAAACAUGGCGAACAUGUUCCCUGCUAAACAUCAGCAUCAUGUUAGCGUUUAGCUCAAAGCACUGCUGUGUCUAACAUGGCCGACCACAUUAAAACACAUGUAGUGUAAGAGAAAACAAAAGUCACAAUGCGUCAAGCACCUUUUUAAUGCUGAAGUACUGAACUGAGUCACUAUGACGACCAAAUGCACCAUUACACCUUUUCAGUUAGUCACGUUUCAAAUGUUUCAAAUGAUUCAUGUCAUGUGUUUAUAUAUAUUUUUUUAUAUAUUUGAUAUUUCAUUAUGUUCAUUUACAGAUAAACGAGGUUGUUAGAAAAAAGUAUUCAUGUAAUAUGUACAUCAAAGUAACAGAUGUGUGAUGUAUUGCGUGUAACCAAAGCAGUCAGUCCUGUACCAUUGCUGUGUGUGUUGAUUCCUUGCUGCAAAUAAAACUUACUGAAAAGACUGGAAAGAUUUUUCUAACAGAGAUUCUUCAUCAAAAGAAUCCUAAACGGUUUAAUUGAUAGAAGUCGACAUUUCAAAGUUUCAGUUUUUGCAAAUGGAAGCUUCUGAUUGUCUCUCAGUGUUUUCAUGUAACCUGAUCAUAUAAAAUAAGCUGUUUUCUGUUCUGCUCAAAUAAAGAAAUCAAGUCACA